ACCGACGACGGUCACACUGAGAAAAAAACAAUACAAAACAGGCAAGGGAAUGAAAAAUAAAAGGAGGCGGACGACCGAUAAAACCGAAAAGCAAGGAGGGAUUAAGGAGUCAAGAUCAAUAAAACCCCGCCGGACAUCACACGGAGAAAUUUGUCAUAGAAAUUGGUUUUUUUGUAAACAAAACACAAACUCGCACACACCAUCACACACACGUUUCUUUCGCCGCCCGCACUUCGCGUUGUUACACAAUUGUAAUUGUGGAGUGUCCAAAAGUGUUCCGGAAUCUGAAUCAGAGACAGAGUGUAAAUCGCGAUGAGUAUUUGGGGUGUCCGAUGUCUGGCGCAGAAGUUCAUCCGGCAGGCCUAUAUCCUGGCCAACCGGAGGAUAUUAGCUUCCGUGCCGCAGCGAUCGCCACCGGCAUACGCCAUUCUCCGGCCGGCACACAGCAGCCUCUAUCAAAUGGUAAAGAAACGCACCCUCGAAGCGCGCACCAAAUUGCAAGCAAACAAAUAUCCGAAUCAUCAAGCCUGCGUUGUCAAGCCCUCGGCCACGCCCCCCAAUCAGGAGGGCGAGGAGGCGUUUGUGGAGGCCACCGGCGUUUCCAGCUUUGCCAAUUCCCAGUUUCAAGCCCCUUCUGCCCAGUCAGAGCCACUCUUAAAAGUGGGCUUUGCUGAAAGCAAGACAGUCUGCAGUGCCAAGGAUGUACUGAAGUCGGACAGUGCGAAAUUCAGCACCAGCCAGCCAGUCUUGGAUUCCUGCAAGCCGCCGACGAAUGCCUGUGAGGAGUUCGAACGCAAACGCAAGGAGACGAAAUGCCAGCCAUGCAACGAGGAUGGAACUGCUCCCGGUGGCAGUGGUGGUGGCGAUGAGGACUGUGAAUGCCGGAUGAGAGACUUUCGGCUCAAGUGCCUGCUGGGUGCCCUGGCUGCCCUGCUUUCUGGUGGAUUGCUCACCUGGUUCCUGACACGGGGCACGGAUGACAGUGAGGCCAGGAAAGCCCAGGAGGAGGAGGAAGAACGGAAACGUAGAUUGAUAGCUGGACUAGCUACGAGUCCGCCCACUUCUGAGGACCUUCCCAAGCAUGUGCCGUACCUUAUUGUUGGUGGUGGAACCGCCGCCUUCUCCGCUUUCCGAGCCAUCAAGUCCAACGAUGCGACAGCCAAGGUUUUAAUGAUCAGCAAUGAGUUCCGCAAGCCCUACAUGCGCCCACCAUUGUCCAAGGAACUGUGGUACACACCCAAUCCCAACGAGGAUCCCAUUAAGGACUACCGAUUUAAACAGUGGACGGGUUCGGAGAGGAGUUUGUUCUUUGAACCGGAUGAGUUCUUCGUUGAUCCCGAGAAUCUGGAAGACAGUGAGAACGGCGGAAUAGCCGUUGCCCAAGGAUUCGCUGUGAAGAAGAUAGACGCGCAGAAGCGCAUAGUGACAUUAAACGAUGGCUACGAGAUCGGCUACGACGAAUGCCUGAUUGCCACUGGCUGUGCCCCCAAGAACCUGACCAUGCUCCGCGAUGCGCCGCCCAGUGUGCUCGAGAAAGUAAUGGUCUAUCGCACACCCGAUGACUUUGAUCGCCUGCGAAGACUGGCAGCGGAGAAGCGUUCCAUUACCAUUGUGGGCAAUGGCUUUAUCGGAAGCGAGCUGGCCUGCUCGCUGGCUCACUAUUCGCGGGAGAACAAUGGCGGCAAGGUGUACCAAGUGUUCCAGGAGAAUGCCAACAUGUCCAAGGUCCUGCCGAACUAUCUGAGCCGCUGGACAACGGCCAAGAUGGAAGCCCAGGGCGUCUGCGUCAUUCCCAAUGCCAGCAUUCGAUCAGCGGUGCGGGAUGAAGCCAAUCUAAAGUUGGAGCUAAACAAUGGCAUGACCUUGAUGUCCGACGUGGUGGUUGUCUGCGUUGGCUGCACACCAAACACAGAGCUUGCCGGUCCCAGCCGACUGGAAGUGGACAGGAGUCUCGGUGGUUUCGUGGUCAAUGCAGAAUUGGAGGCCAGAAGGAAUCUGUACGUGGCCGGCGAUGCUUCCUGCUUCUUUGAUCCUCUGCUGGGCAGGCGACGGGUGGAGCACCAUGAUCACUCGGUGGUCUCUGGUCGGCUGGCCGGCGAGAACAUGACGGGAGCAAAAAAACCCUAUCAGCACCAGAGCAUGUUUUGGUCCGAUCUGGGUCCUGAGAUCGGUUACGAGGGCAUUGGCUUGGUGGACUCCUCGCUGCCCACCGUUGGAGUAUUCGCCCUGCCCUCCGAUACAGCCAAUCGCGUAGACCAGUUGUCCGAAUCCAGUGGUGAUGGCUCCAUCAGCGCCAGCUCCAGCGAUACGACGAAAAGCGAUGCCGUCGUCAGCCAAGAUGGCGUUACCUGUGAUCCCGAUGAGGCGAACAACUAUGGCAAGGGUGUGAUAUUCUAUCUUAAGAACGACAAGAUCGUCGGCAUCCUGCUGUGGAACCUCUUCAAUCGGAUAGGCUUAGCUAGGACAAUAAUCAAUCAGAAUAAGAAGUACGAUGACCUCAAUGAGGUGGCCAAACUGUUCGAGAUUCACGCGUAGAGGACCGAGUGUCCCGAGGGACCAAGGAGAAGAAAGCUAAACAUUAUCCUGGAAAGCUAAUCAGCCCGCAACGAAACAGAAACCGAAUCAGAACCGAAUGCCUUUAACUAUGUGUUUACUGUGUACAUAUGCAACUAACUACUGCAACUAGAUACGAACGGCAAUGGCGCAAUGCAACAGAAAUUUUAGUUUUAUUAUUUUUGGAAUAAACCUUUUUUUGUAGUCGACGACAUUGUUACGGUUAUGUGUGGCCGCAAUAGGCGUAUCUGCAUCUAAUUAUGUAAAAGACGUGGGAGAGCGGAUAUCUGUUGAAUUGUGUGUAUUUUCCUAAUAAAAGAACCACCUAAUAAAAUUUGUUGACAAAAAAUUGACCGUAA